AUGGCGAACAUGACAGAAAGGAUGUCGGGGGCGGAGUACCUAGCCUCCAUCUAUGGUACAGAAAAAGAUAAGGUUAAUUGCUCAUUCUUCUUCAAGAUAGGAGCCUGUAGACACGGUGACAAAUGUUCGCGGACACAUAUCAUUCCAACAUUUUCACAAACAGUUCUUUUGAAGAAUUUAUACCACAAUCCAGUCAUUGAUAUGCGCCAGGCUGACGCCUGUACGAAGGUCGGCAUGAUGAAUAAAGAUGAGCAGCAAUAUUUUGAUGAGUUUUUCGAAGAAAUUUUCACAGAAGUGAACGACAAAUACGGCGAAAUUGAGGAAAUGGAAGUUUGUGAUAAUAUUGGAGAACACAUGAUCGGUAAUGUUUACGUAAAAUUCGCUAGAGAAGAGGAUGCAGAAAAAUGUGUAAAAGCUUUGGAUAAUAGAUGGUUUAAUGGGCAAGCAAUCUACGCUGAGUUAUCACCUGUGACUGAUUUUCGAGAAGCUUGUUGCCGUCAGUAUGAACUCGGCGGUUGUAACAAGGGUGCGUUCUGUAAUUUCAUGCACUUGAAACCCAUUUCCAGCGAUCUCCGCCGAAAACUUUACAAAGGGCGCAAAAGGAGUCCACCAAGAUACCACGGCGGAAGAGAUAGGGAUCGCGAGAUGCGUGGAGGUCGUGGAGGACGUGACUUCGGAGGAGGCCGAGAUUUCGGAGGUGGUCGCGACUUUGGAGGUGGCGGCUUUGGUGGUGGAGGUGGAAGAAGAAGAAGUCGCAGUCCUCGUAGGCGCUUCUAA